UGUCGUGCAGACAAGGUGCCCGCGCGCGCUCAAUUUAAUCUCGGUACAACCUCCCAAUGAUUUAAUUUAUGAUGACCGCACUACACCCCGGAAGAAUGACUAAUGUGUACACUGUACAGUGAGCACGUUUGAGGUUCAAUCGGCCGUAUGUGGUUUUAUGUAUUUGAAGACAGGAGGGAGAGAGAACAGAGCGGAGAGAGAGAGCGGGAGGUAGGGUAGAGUUCGUUAAGGGCUGCUCAGUGCGCACGGUUAUUUGACUUGAGGGAAAGAUUCGAAAGUCAUUUGAAAAAUAAUACAACAAAUUCUGCAUUUGAACAACGGAUGUUAGAGAAGGAAAUAUAAUAAGGAAUUCCACAUGGCAAUCUUUCAACUACACCGGUUCUCUACGAAUACCUACUACCUCCUGUUGCUUGUCCUGUUGUGCACAGUGCAUAUUCUUCAGGGGUUCAACCUGGAUGUGCGGUUUCCUGUUGUCAAGGAAGGAAAAACCCCGGGAAGUCUCUUUGGGUUCUCGGUGGCACUUCACAAACAGAUGGUGGGAGAGAAAAGAUACCUACUACUUGUUGGCGCACCCAAAGAGAAGGCAGAGUCUGGCGUGAAGGCCAGUGAAACAGGAGAUGUGUAUACCUGCCCUGUAAACGUUGCCCAAUCAGAUUGCACCAGGAUGAACCUGAUUGGCUCAGACCCUGACCUCAUUGAGGGUGAGGACAGAGUGGAGGAUAUGUGGCUGGGGGUAACCGUGGCCAGCCAAAGACAGCCAGGGGGCAGAAUUCUGACCUGUGGCCAUCGCUUUGUGAAGUUACAUGGCGUAUUGAAGCUGCGUCAGAUGAUUGGGAAGUGUUAUAUCCGUGGUAACGACCUGAACUAUAAUGAAACAGACAUGCACUGGCAGAACCCUGAUCAGGUGUGCAGCCACACUAAAGACAUCACAGGCGAAGUCAUGUGCAACAUGGGCAUCUCUGCUGCCAUCACUGACACAGAGGUCAUCGUGGGCGCACCUGGCAGCUUUGAGUGGCAAGGCAAUGUUCAUGUCUCCUGGAUGAAUCCAAAUGUCAUCUAUGACACCAAGAGAAGCAGCUUCCCCAACUUUGGUAAUCGACGGCACAUUUACAUAGGCUACUCGGUGGCAGAGGGCCGAGGCCUCCUCAGCCAGAGCCAGGACACAGUGGUGACAGGGGCUCCUAAGGAUAACAAGGACGACGCCAAAGGCUCGGUCAUUCUGACUGUGAAGAAGAAGUCGACGUCAGGGGACGGGGACCAGCUGAAACCCUACCUCACCCUGAGAGGCGAGCAGAUGGGCUCAUACUUUGGGAACUCCCUAGCCGUGGCAGACCUCAACAAUGAUGGUUGGAUGGAUCUGAUCGUCGGAGCCCCGUUCUAUUUUGAUCGGAAGAAGGAGCUUGGUGGAGCGGUGUACGUCUAUAUGAACGAGAACGGCUCCUUCCGGCAGAACUCCAGCAUCAUACUCCGAGGCCCUAGAGACUCUGCGUUUGGAAUGGCUGUGGCUGCCAUUGGAGAUGUCAACCAAGAUGGCUUUCAAGAUUUUGCGGUGGGCGCUCCGUUCCAUGGAACAGGCAGGGUGUUCAUCUGGACAGGCAGUGCUGAGGGCAUCUCUCAGGAGCCCAGUCAGGUGAUUGAGGGGGAGGAUAUAGCUGGAGGUGGGUUCAAGACGUUUGGCUACUCCAUCAACGGAGGGCUGGAUGUGGAUGAGAACCGCUACCCCGACAUGGUGGUCGGCUCACUGGACGACCGCGUAGCCUUACUGAGGGCCCGCCCAGUCAUUCACCUCAUUAAAACUCUUGAAGUGACGCCAGAGAUUGUGGACCCGAAAGACUGUGACAACUGUAUGGAGGUAGAGGUCUGUUUCAACUACACACUGAGCACUGGGGACAAGAACUUCAGGAAGAACGUCACUGUGAAGUACACUGUGGAAGCCGACCUAACACGGCACAACCACCGGGUCCGUUUCCAAGACAAUGGCCUGGACAGCUACACUGGUUUCUUGUCAAUGCCAUCUGCCAAAUGCAAAACGCUGAGGCUCGGACUAGUGAGUCCCAUCCGAGACAAGGUGGAGCCCGUAGUCUUCUCCCUGAACGUAUCCCUCCAUGAGGGGCAUCCCAAAGCCCGGCAGUCCCUGCAGAACCUGGAUGCCUUCCCUGUGCUCAGUGAGGGAAAGGCCAGCCAUGUCAAAAAGGAGAUUCACUUCCAGAAAGCCUGUGGCCCGGACAAUACGUGCCAGAGUAACCUGCACAUGAAGGCAGAGUUUGCCAAUGAAGAGCAGACACCUUUUCCCAGCCAUGAUGGUCACCAGAUCCUCCAGUACAGCGCCAGUGUCAAGAAGGUCAUGUUGGUCGUGGACGUGACCAACUUCCAGUCGCCAGGGAAACCGGCAGAGGACGCUCACAAUGCCAUGCUCAACGUCACCAUUCCCCCGUCACUGAUCUACUCUGCCUUUCGCUCAAAGCUAUGGAACAACAACCCAGCCAUCAAGUGUUCAGCAGAGGAUAUGGUUGUACUGUGUGAGCUGGGGAACCCAUUCACCAGCAACCAGAUGGAUCAGGUCCUGAUCAUCUUUCAGACGUCUGAGAUCAGCCUGGACACCAGAGAGAUUCGCUCUACGCUGCAGCUUUCCACGUUGAGUGAACAGAGCAAUGUACAACCGCUGCCUCUUGUCAUGGUGGUGGAGUAUACACUGGAGGCGUCUUUUGCACUUGCCCAGUACACAGAUCACACUCACUUCAGUGGGGAGAUCAUGGGAGAAUCGGGCAUGAAGACUGCCGGCGAUGUCGGAAGUCCUGUGGAGUUCACAUUUAAGGUGAAUGUUCUUGGGAAGCCGCUGGGUAGCCUUGGAAACCUGGAGGUGGAGUUUGAUUGGCCCUGGGAGGUAGCCAAUGGCAAGUGGCUGCUGUACCUGACGGAGAUCCAGACCAAAGGGACGUCAGACUCUCACUGUGUGCCUCCUGGAGCCAUCGUCAACCCACUCAAACUCAUGUUACCAGAGAGCAAAGCCAGAAGGAGAAGGAAGCGAGAGGAGGGCUCCACAGAGGAGGUGCACCCCAGAGAACCCCAGGCCUCCCUCAAUCUGAAGGGAACUCGCAAAAAGUCCUUUAAACUGGACUGUGUCACGGGCACUGCUCACUGUGUGAAAUUCAUCUGCCCUCUCCGCAACAUGAACAACACUGCGACAAUCAUUGUCAGGGCCAGAGUGUGGAACAGCACCAUGCUGGAGGACUACAGGGAAGCGUGGCGGGUGACAGUGAAUGGUAAGGCCACACUGAAACUGGUCACAGACAAACCCACCAUCAGGAUGAACACUGAGAGCACAGAGUUCACCCUGAAUAUAGACCCAGAGCUGGGGGAGGAGUCUACGUACCAGGUUCCCCUGUGGAUCAUCAUCGUGUCUGCAGUCGCUGGCGUCCUCCUUCUGGCCUUCAUCAUCCUCCUUAUGUGGAAGUGUGGCUUUUUCAAGCGGCCCAACCACUUCAAGAUGAUGCCAAUACACCAGGGAGUGAAGAUUGGCAAAGAGGAGCGCUACCAGGUAAAUGAGGGAUUCCUCAUCGAGGAGCCAAACCCCAAUAAAAGAAAGAAGCACUGGAUCACAAACUGGACUGAAAUGCAGCAUUACUACUGACUGAUACCUUCAACACUACCACUGCUCUUAUUGAGAAACUMCAUCUCAAUAUGCAUUGGCUGGGCGCAAGUCUGUAUUUGUGGACAUUAUUGGGAACAGGACUGAUGGUGUUAUGACUGCCACAUUCCUUAUAGUGUACAAGAUUGAAUGCUCUGGACCGAAAUGUUAUUUUCUAGAAUUGUACUUUUAAUGUUAGUUGUUUUGAUGUAAAUAAGAAUAUACACUGAGGCUACCAAACAUUAGGAACACCUUCCUAAUAUUAAGUUGCGCACCUCACCCCU